AUGGCCCCUUCACCUGCCAGUCAUGGCACCUCAGACUCUCCCUCUCUUCCACCUCCCGAGAAAGGUGCACCUCCCCUCAAGGACAAAAAGCCCCCUGACCCCAACAUGGCCAACCCGCGGCUCCUUGUCAACCGUGCCUGUAUCUAUGAGCGACGACUGCCCGGCGAUGCCUAUAUUACCGUACAUGUACAGCGGCUUCAGCACGGGUUCUACUCCAGCGCUGCCGUCAGUGACAAGGACGCUGAACAUGUGGAUUUCCUGGCUCUGGGCUUUACCUUCCACUCGCCGCACACGCUCACUCAUCGCUUCAAGGCUGCCACUAUCCGGGCUACAGUCCACGGCACCCGCGAGGUGUCGACCUCGGCGCAUUACCCACAGGGCUACCCGCCCGGCAACCCUCGGUUUUUGAUGCACGCGCCGCAUCUGAUCUAUGGCACAGUCUCUCCAGAGACAAUGGAAUGGACCUUCAGCCUGGCCGGGUCGCUGGGUAUCUCAGAGAUGCCCGUCAGUGCCAGUGUGAUCCCGUCGGGUAGUGUGAAUGGCCGGUAUCGCCGCUACGAGAUGAUGCGCAUCCAGGGCUCGGCUCGUACGCGCAAGAGCCCACGUGGUCGCGAGUUCGAUGUCGAGGCCGGCGAGGUUGUCUGGUCGCUUGAGGAAAAUAGCCUGCAACAGUCUGGUCUGCCGCGCGAGUUCACCUUUGUCAUGCUCAUCCAGAAGCCUUCGCCGACUGCGAAGAUCUCCCUGUCGCUCGACAUCGACCCUGUUGUCUCGGCCUGGUUCGGCACGUACCCACGCUGGCUUCUAUCUCUGCCGUCGUACCAGCCUGCGGAGCGCCGUGGCAUUGACUUCCGCCAGGAAAUGGGUCAGCGCUUUGGGCCUGUCGAUGAAAAGCGGGGAUUUAAUUUUGCUGCUUUGGAGAGUUCCUUGGACGACUACAUUGCCAUGCCGGGACGGAAGUACUCGCGCUCGAUCCAGCUCCCUCCAGAAGACCCAAUGCCCUCCAACCUCAACGAGCCCUACCGACGAGGCUACCCCGGCCAAUACGGCACACUCGACCCGUUGCAGCAGAUGCAAAACCACAGCCUCUCACUCCAAAACAACCUCCUGCAAACCCAGCUCCAGCAGAUCCAGCCCAUGCCUCGCGCACAGCCCUCUUCACAGUCCACCUCUGCCACAGCCGUAGGAACAUCCGCGCAAGCCACCGACGGCUCCAACACCCUCAACAUCCGCCUUUUACUUGACACCUCGGCCGCCUCGUACCUGUCAACGCUGCGCGCAAAGAGCCCUCGCGCCGAUUCGCCUGUCACCGUUCGCCGCUCGGAGCAACUGCGCCGCACGCGGUCCCGCGAGUUUCUUCGGGAACGUAUGGUGAAUGGCGUGGGUUCAGAAACCGACCCAAGGGCCAGUCCUCGGUCUAGCAAGCUGCACGAGAUCAAGGACAAUGAGGAUGAUGUCCCACCGGUUCCUGGUGGCUAUCAGCGGGUCAUGAUGAUGGCGAAUCGGCCGAUCAGUGCUGCCUUGCUGGCGACUAUGACCAAGCCGAAUGGCGCGAUGCACUGA